CGCUGCUGUUUCUAGAGUCUUCGUUUCCGCUUAUUAAAAAGCCCUCGGCUCUCCCUUCUCUCGCGUUCCACAUAAGUCCGAUCUCCAUCAUCGUCUUCUUCAAUCCUUACCCUCUGCAAUCGCGUCUCUUCCUGCUAUUCCUCGACCAUGUAUCGUUUCGCUUCUAACCUCGCCUCCAAGGCAAGGAUUGCCAGAAACAGCCGCCAGGUUUCAAGCAGAAUGAGUUGGAGCAGAAAUUAUGCGGCGAAAGACAUUAAGUUUGGGGUUGAGGCUCGGGCUCUGAUGCUUAAGGGUGUUGAAGAGCUUGCUGAUGCUGUUAGAGUCACCAUGGGUCCAAAGGGACGCAACGUUGUGAUUGAACAAAGUUGGGGUGCUCCCAAAGUGACAAAAGACGGUGUAACAGUGGCCAAAAGCAUUGAGUUCGAAAAUAAGGUCAAGAACGUAGGUGCCAGUCUUGUGAAGCAGGUUGCAAAUGCGACAAACGAUGUUGCUGGCGAUGGUACCACUUGUGCAACUGUACUGACUCGGGCUAUAUUCACUGAAGGCUGCAAAUCCGUUGCAGCAGGGAUGAAUGCAAUGGACCUAAGGCGAGGUAUUACAAUGGCAGUGGAUGCUGUGGUGACAAACCUGAAGAGCAGGGCUCGAAUGAUCAGCACAUCUGAAGAGAUUGCUCAGGUUGGGACCAUAUCAGCUAACGGCGAACGGGAAAUCGGUGAACUGAUUGCAAAGGCUAUGGAGAAGGUUGGCAAAGAAGGUGUCAUCACAAUUCAAGAUGGGAAGACAUUAACUAAUGAGCUGGAAGUUGUCGAGGGCAUGAAGCUGGACAGAGGUUACAUUUCUCCUUACUUCAUCACCGAUCAGAAAACUCAAAAAUGUGAAUUAGAAGAUCCCCUCAUUCUUAUCCAUGAGAAGAAAAUCUCUAGCAUCAACGCUAUAGUCAAAGUGCUGGAGUUGGCUUUGAAGAGACAAAGGCCUUUGUUGAUCAUCGCCGAGGAUGUUGAGAGUGAUGCCCUUGCUACUCUUAUCCUCAACAAGCUAAGGGCAGGACUUAAGGUCUGUGCCAUUAAAGCCCCUGGCUUUGGAGAGAAUAGGAAGGCCAAUUUGCAAGAUCUCGCUGUCCUUACUGGUGGAGAGGUUAUUACAGAAGAGCUUGGCUUGAACCUUGAGAAGGUGGAUCUCAGCAUGCUUGGCACCUGCAAGAAGGUUACGGUGUCAAAGGAUGACACCGUUAUUCUUGAUGGAUCUGGGGACAAGAAAUCCAUUGAAGAAAAAUGCGAGCAGAUUAGGUCAGCGAUUGAAGCGAGCACCUCAGACUACGACAAGGAGAAACUGCAGGAAAGGUUGGCCAAGCUUUCUGGAGGUGUUGCUGUGUUGAAGAUUGGAGGAGCGAGCGAGGCUGAGGUUGGUGAGAAGAAGGACAGAGUCACAGAUGCUCUGAAUGCCACAAAGGCAGCUGUAGAGGAAGGCAUUUUGCCAGGAGGAGGUGUUGCUCUUCUCUAUGCAUCGAAAGAAUUGGAGAAACUUCCGACUGCCAACUUUGACCAGAAGAUUGGUGUCCAAAUCAUUCAGAACGCGUUGAAGACACCUGUUUACACGAUUGCUUCCAAUGCUGGAGUUGAGGGUGCUGUUAUUGUUGGUAAGCUCUUAGAGCAAGAUAACCCGGAUCUUGGUUAUGAUGCUGCUAAAGGAGAAUACGUGGAUAUGGUGAAAGCCGGUAUCAUAGACCCUCUGAAAGUGAUCAGAACUGCUCUGGUUGAUGCUGCUAGUGUUUCAUCUCUGUUGACAACGACUGAAGCAGUGGUCGUGGAACUUCCAAAGGACGAGAACGAGAGCGCAGGUGCCGCAGCUGGAAUGGGAGGAAUGGACUACUGAUGAAGAACAUUGCUUCCUUUGACAUUGCAAUCAAAUCUUAAGCUAGUUGUAUCUGAACAAAACAUUGAUUAUUUAAGGCUGUCUCCUAGAUUCUUUAGUUGGAACUCUUUGUCUCAGAAAUGGGUUUUGUCUUUUGACUAAAGGCAUCAUUUGUAACCAUAAGAGAGGCCGAGGCCUGUUGUAGGAGUUUUUGCUGGGGGAACAAUCUUCUUGUACGGAAAACGAUAAUCAUUAUGGGAGUUGAUUUGUUAUCUCUGAUAAUA